UCAAUUAUCUCACAGUUUACCCUUUGUCUUGUUCCUUUAAUUUCUGUCAUAUAAUUAAAACCUCAAUUCUUGUGUUCAUUUGCUCAUAACGUAUACAUGGCCGAUAGCAAACAACCACAUUUAAAUGGUGCCUACUACGGCCCCGCCAUUCCACCACCAGCCCAACCUCGCCCUCAGCGCCACCACAGCAGAAGCUGUUGUUGCUGUCUCUUCAGUUUCUUCUGGAAACUAUUAGUCACACUCGUCUUUCUUGCAGCACUCGUUGUCCUUAUCUUCUAUCUCAUCGUUCAACCUCAUGCCUUCAAAUUUUAUGUCAACGAAGCCAAUCUAACAAAAUUCGACUACAUAAACAACACCCUGCACUACAACAUGGUGCUCAACUUCACCGCUCGCAACCCAAACAAAAAACUCAACUUCUAUUACGACAAAGUUGAGGCACGAGCAUUCUACGAAGGUUCAAGGUUGGCGAAUGUGGAUGUGAUCACAGCUAUGAAUUCAUUCCGCCAAUUUAAGAAGAGCAGUGAUCCUAUGAGCGGUGUUUUCUCAGGACAACGGUUAUUGAUGCUCGACAAUAAUCAAGUCUCUGAGUUUAACAAAGAUAAGAGUGUUGAAGUUUAUGAUAUCUAUGUGAAACUCUACUUCGAAAUUAGAUUCAGACUCGGGAAUGUGAUAUUUGGUCGUAUCAAUCCGAAAGUGAAAUGUGACCUCAAAGUUCCUUUGAAUUCUAAGAAUACCUUCACUCAGCUUGUGCCCACCAAGUGCGAUGUUGAUCUCUACUAACUUGCGCCUCUGAUGGAUCGUUUUCUUGGCACAGCAGUAUUGAUUGGGAUUUGUCUCUUCACACUAUUUUUUACGAUCAUGUUUGUCUAUGCAAUAAACAUUUUUUUUUUUUUAUUCGGUACAUUCCCUA